AUGAAAAAAAGCCAAACAACAAAUGAUACUAUAAAUUAUAAUCCUAAAUCCCUUGAAGAAAGAUUAGACUUAUUUGAAAUAUAAAAGAAGGAAAUGAGAGAAGAAUUUUCCUUUUAAAUUAGAUGUCUCAGUGAGCAUUACGAUGAAUAAUUCGAAUUAUAUUCUUUAGAUAUGGAAAGAUUUAAUCAAUAGCUUAAGAAAUAAUUUAUGGAUAUGUUUCACUAAAAGUAUGAGUAAUCACAGAUAAAAACCUAUCAGUCUAUCUUAAAAGAGGAAUAUGAAAAGAAAAUUAAACAUUAUAAUCAAAAGCUGAGAUUUUUUCAAGAAAAAUUUGAAAGCUUUUAAAAAGUAAUUGAACCACUUUUAGAUCUAUUUAAAAAAAAUCAGAAUAGUUAUUCAGAUGAAGUAAUUAAACUUAUGUUUGAGUAUCAAGACAAAGUUAAAGACUAUCUCAGUGAUAAGAAGGAAUAAUCUGAUAUAAUUAAAUUUUUAAAAGAAGAAAAUAACUAGUUAGAGAGUACAGUUAAAAAUUUGACUUAUUCUAGUCGUUCUCAGUUGCAAAAAUAAAAGCAGUAUUCAAAUUAAAUUCUAGUUGAAAAUAAUAGGCUUAAGCAAAUUGUUUAAAAUCUUGAAUUAGAAAAAAUAAAUCUUAUUGCUUUGAACUCAAAUUAUUAGCAAAAAAAUACUAUUUUUCAAUCAGAGUUAGAUAGAAAAAAAAAUUUAUAGAAAAACGCUAGUGACCUAGGAAAUAUAUCAGCUUGCUUAAAAAUAGAAUUAAUAGGGAAAGAAGAUAAAAUUACAGAACUUAAAAAUACUUUAGAAACUGAAAAAAUAACUAACUAAAAAACUUUAAAAGAACUUGAAGAAAUAAAUUAAAGUUGCAUUAGAGAAAUAGAAUUAUUAAAAAAUUAGUUAAAAAUCGAAAUUUAAACCAAAUAAAAUUUAGUUUAAAGCAAAGAUAAAGAAAUAGAAAGAUUAGAGUAGAGGUAUUAAAAAGAUAUUGCAGCAAUAGAAGAAAAGAGACUUAUAUUUUAAGAAAGCCUGACUAAAAAUGAAAAUGAUUAUUUCUAGCUAAAGAAUAAAUAUAAAGAUUUAAGUGAAGAUCAUAUCUUAUUAUAAUAAAAAAUUAAAUAAUUGAAUAAAGAAUAUGAAGAAGGCUAUGAAAUGUAAUAACAAAAAUUUGAAAAAGAUGUAAAAUUAAUUUAAGAACAGUAAUACAAGAAAAUUAUGGAAGUAAAAUAUGAUUACGAAAACUAACUUGGGAAAUUAAAAUAAGAUCACCUUUAAAAAAUAUUUAACUUAAAUACUUAGAUAAACUCACUAGAGAGUUUAUUAAAACAUGAAGAAGAAACAGUAAAAUAAAAGUGUAAUUAGAUUAUGCAAAUAGAAUCAGAUCACAAAAACUAUGUAGAUGAAUUAUUAAGUAAAAUAUCACAGCUCAACUUGUAGUUAUAUUAAUAGAAUGAUCUGAUAAAUGAAACAAAUACUACUAAUACUAGAUCAAUUUAGUAAUUAGAAGCUGUAUAGCAAGAAAAUGAUAAUUUUAGGAAUAAAUUAGCAUCCUUGCAAAUAGAAAUAACACAAUUGAAUGAUACGAUUUAAAAACAAGAUUAAAUUAUCUAUCAAAACAUAGAAGAAAAACAAGCUUUAAUAAAUAAAAGAGAUGCAGAUUUUCAAGAAUAGAUUUAAAAUAUUUUGGCUUUAGAAAAACAAAAAUAUUAUGAAAAAAUUGCUGAAUUUGUAAAUAAAUAUGAAAAAGUUACUACCGAAGCUGAAAUAUAAACAGAAUUUGACUUAGAAAAAUUCAUACAUGAAACUGAAAAAAAAUAGGCACAAGAAAUAAAAUAAAUAAAUUGCUAAAAGAAUUAAGAGUUUUUAUAAAAGGAGGAAUAAAUUAUUUUGAAAAUGUAAGCUUUAGAAGAAUAAAUUACCUCCUUGAAUACAUAAGUAGCAAGUGAGAAAUAAAACACCCAAAAUAUCAUAGAAAAAUAUAAAAAGUAAAUGACUGAGCUUGAAGAAAGGAAUAAACAAGAAAUUAAUCAAAUUAAAAAUAAUGUAAGGAAGGACAAAAAUGAGAAGUUUAUCAAUUAAAUAAAAUUAUUAGAAAAAGAAAAAUAGGAAAUGAAAGUGGAAUUAGAUAAUUUUAAAGAAUUAAAUAAAAUACACUUCGAAAGACUCUUUAAAAACUAGAAAGAAGAUUUCGAAAAAAAAGUAUUUGAGCUAGAGCAAGUUAUAAAAAAUGAAAAGCAUAAGUAACAUUUAAUUUAAACCGAGUCUCUUUUAGUUUAGUAAAAUUUAAAAUCUAAAUAUGAACAAUCAUUACAAGCAAAUUAAAAAGAUCUCAAAGAUAUCUAAGAAAAAUUAAAUAAAAAGAAUAGUAAACAAAUUAAUACUUACGUUCAAACUUGUCAAACUGAGCAAGCUAUUAUAUUAAACUCUAAGAUUUCAUAAACCGAUUCAGAUCUAAUUUAAGAACUCUACAUUUAAGAAAAAUAAAGAGAAAUGGAAUUAAAGAUGGUUAAUUUUUAAGAAAAAUGCAAUUAAGAAAGAGAAAGCCUAUUAAGAGAAUAAGAAGAUUACUUGAAAAAAAUGAUGUUGGAGAUUUAAACUUUAUAAGAUUUGUUUAAUAAAAAAUAUAAUGAUUUGAAUGCUUAAUAUUAGAAAUUAGAGUUGGAAUAUGAGUCAAGACCUUCAAGAUUUGAAGAUAUUGAGCUUAUAGAUAAAUUAAAUAAAAAAAUUUUAUAAAUUUAAAAACAAAAUAAAGAUCUUGUUUUGGAUAUUUAAAACAGAGAAGUAAAUUACAAUAAAGUAUUUAAGUCUAAUCCGAUUGUAGGGGUGUAUGCUCCUGUAAAUAACUUAAAAUCUUUUGUUGAUAGUGAAAAAUCAACUUAAUUUAAUAAACAAUUAAUUAGCUUUGAUUAGUAAAACUCUUAAUCUAUAGAUUUAGAUUCUUAAAUGAAAAGCACUUUUUAGAAUAAGUUUGUUUAAUCGUCAUUAUAAAAUAUUUUAGAAGAUAGUUCUUGCAAAAUCGAUGAAGAAAGGAAAUUGGAGUCUGAUCGUAAGGUAUAAAAUGAGGAAUUGUAUUUACAUAAAAAGAAUUCUUCAAAUAAUAAUGCUUAAUCAAUACAAAAUAGCUAUGAAGAUAUUGACAACUAAAUUGAAAAUAGACCUGGCCUGAUAAAUUUACCUCCAAAAUACCUUAAUUAGAAUGGAAAAGAAAAUUAUAGCUUAAAUUAGCCAUUAAUAAAUAUCAUUUUAUCUAAAACUUAAAAUAGGAGAUAUAAAAAGAAUUCACUUGAUAUCAAUCAAUCUUAAGAAUCUAUAGUUGAUGCUAUCAAAAUAUAAAGAAGAGAUAUUAAAACAAGUAUUUCACCAAUUAUAGUUAACAAGGAAGAAAAUUAAAGAAUUAUCAGAAACAAUUCUUAACCUGAAUAACUUUUAGGUGAUUUUUUAGACAGUGAUUUACCUGUGUCUUUCAGUUGCGAAGCUAACAAAAGAACUCCAGAAGUUGGCAGUAAGAAUGAUAGAAAUGAAAAGCAAAUGAACGUGAUUCAAGAAGAUACUCAAGAGUCAGAUAAGACUCCUUUCAGAAAAAAAAAAAAGUUAAUAGUAAAAGGAAUAAAUAUGAAAAAGGUAGACAAUUCAUAAAUCCAAUAUGUUAUUGAGUCAAAUAGAUCUAUGAUAAAAAAAAAUAUAGAAGGUUUUAAAAAUUCUAAUUAGAUUUUCCCUCCUAAAUCUUCCUCUUCAUAAUCCUAGAAUUAAGCUAAUACAUUUCAAUACCCUGUCAAUAAUUAAAAAACAGGAAUUGUACAGUAAUUUAAUAGGAAAAUAAAAUCAUAAAACAGUAAUUACACUUCUAUUGAUGCUCAAUAUCAUCAAUAAAGCUCCAGCAUUGAUAAUUACUCAAAUAAAAAAAUAAAUUUAUCAUUAUAAUCUGAUUCAAUCAAUAUAAAUAGAUGCUCUACAGCGAUUACAGCAUAAUAUAAACCUAUAGAAAACGAUGCCAGCUAAUCUAAGUCUCUAGAAAGAUCAACACUUGAUUUGGAAGUUAGUUUUUCAAAGCAAAUGAAAAGGAAAUAUUUAAACUAAAGUAUUGAUUUACCUUCAACAACAGCUAAUUUAAAAUACUUUGAUAAAUUUUUUUCGCUUUCUAAAAAUACCAACUAAAAUAUUCAUGUAAACUCAUCAACAAAUGCAAGUCUUAUAUCAGGAUAAUAGAAUAAUUUAUAUUUAGAAAGCUGCACAAACAAGUAUUUAGAUUAGAUAUAAAUUAAUGACGUGCUUUCAUCAAAUAGUGGAAAUGCUCUCCCAUAAACAUCUUUUACUAAACAUAGUUUUAAACAAAAGCAAGUUCCUUUAAACAAAUUAUACAAGACUAUUUCAAACAAUUGA